GUGCACACUAGAAAGUAUGUGGUGCACGCCAACAGAUAGCAUGUGGUGUACACUAGAAAGUAUGUGGUGCGCGCCACCAGAUAGUUUCUGGCGCGCACCACAUAUCUGGUGCGCACCAGAUGAUUUAAAAUUAUUUUAUUUCUGUCGAUGUCCCUUUAUGGGCUCUGUAGGUCAUUAAAAAGCAUUAGAAGUCCUUAAAUGGGUUUUGUCAAAAUUCAGGCCUUAAAAAGCAUGGCCAUAAAAAUUAUGUGAAUCUGUAAACGUUUGAAGAAACUUUUUUUUUUUAAACAUAAUUCAUUCGAGUUGUCCGAUAAAAAUCAUUUUAAAAUUACAUCGGUUUUUGGCCAAUAUGCAUGUUACCUUCAAAGUGAAUGUAGAAGCCUUCCCCCUUUGUUCAAAGGCUGGUCACAGCUUAGUCCAGCAGUUGAGCUUAUCGGCUUUUUGUUGUCUCCAUACAAAGAUGCUUAGGAUUUUUUUACCAUUUGCAUUCAUUGUGUCAAAAUUAAACGAACAACUUUAGUGGUGCAAUAUUGGCACUUUUCCCAUAACAUCCGUUGAAGUUCCAUUAUUUUUCACAGAAUAUUGGAAAACCCUUAAUUUGUUACAUUUAUCAUUAUUAAAGUAUCCAGUGGGGGGCCAUCACAAUACAAUUACCCAUAAUAUGUUCAGGCUACGACCGCAUAUAUCGAUAUCGGAUUUUUGGAGUUAGACAAUAUCUGGAUAUCAGUUAAAAAGUCCUUAUCUGACAACUCUACUUACAAUGUGUGUGUGUGAAACUGCAGUCACGCAUGGGCAUGAAAUGUGUUUAAAGUGGCAUUAAAUAAGAUUUCCUCAUACCUGUAGAAAGAAAUUUUACCUUAUAUGAGUUUUUUAUUCGUUCCAUGGCAAAGCCUGUAGCUUCAAACCUAACACUAAAUAUGCUUUUUAAAAAUCCUAAAACGUAUGAAUAAAUACAAAAGAAAGGCGUUAUUGACUUAUUCUGGUUAUAGCUGACGAUAAUACAUUUUCUCGCCUACGUUGCCAUCUAGUGGACAAAAUGUAGAGGCGUUGUUUCCUUGCACUUCCGCUUCUAUUUUGCACUAAAUAAUUGAACUGGGUGAAUGAUCACGUUGGUUCUCUGUGUUCUAGAAAACAGAAUGCACCACGAAACCAUCCCCAGACGGGAGUUGUGGUUAAAGCCUCUCCCACGCUCGCUCUUUUUUUUCUGAUCCUCAAAAGUGCGUCAUCUGGGUAUUUCCGCGCUAAGGUGGGUGGUGACAAGCUGCGCCAUUUUCAAGUUCGACGAAAAAGUCUCGCUUUUCAAAAAUAAAAGCCUCAACUUCCUGCUUUUACAUUCUAGGCUUCCUGUUCGAAAAUUAAAACUGACGCACAGAAUGAUGUGAGGCCUAAAGAUUAUUGUUUUGGCGGGGACAGAAAACCGGCGUCAAGAAUUGUAUUCUCCACUAGAGGGCGCUCAUUCUCUUUGGACAGGUGAUAUUUAAUUUCUGUAGAAAUAAACCACAAACGAGCUGAAAUGCCCUGAAAUGAAACUCUUUAGUUGCCAUUAACGGCCAUAGACGUCCAAUCAGUUUCAAGUGGUAUAGACGGCAGCGGGUUCCCGGGUCACUUCCUGUUCUGUAACCUACAAUGAACAGGAAACGACCCGCAAAUACCCCAAAAUCAACAAGAAGUGACCCACAAAUGGCCCAAAAUUAAAUCACUGGCUGGCAUUUGCUGACAUUGACGGCCAUAGACGUCCAAUACGUUUCAAGUGGUAGGGACGGUAUCGGGUUCCUAGGUCACUUUGUUAAUUUUGGGUAACAGAACUAGAAAGUGGUGCGCGCCACAAGAUAGUUUUGUAGUGCGCACUAGAAAGUAUGUGGUGCAUGCCUCUAGAUAGUUUCUGGUGUGCACUAGAAAUUAUGUGGUGCGCACAACCAGAUAGUUUCUGGUGUGGAGAAGAAAGUAUGAGGUGCGCACCACAUGAUAGCUUAUUGUGUGCACUAGAAAGUAUAUGGUGCCCACCAGAUAGUUUCUGGUGUGGAGAAGAAAGUAUGUGGUGCGCACCACCAGAUAGUUUCUGGUGCACGCCACCAGAUAGUUUAGUUUCUAGUGUGCACUAGAAAGUAUGUGGUACGCACCACCAGAUAGCUUCUCGUGUGCACUAGAAAGUAUAUGGUGCCCACCGGAUAGUUUCUGGUGUGAGCCACCAGAUAAUUUCUAGUGUGCAAUAGAAAGUAUGUGAUGCGCACCACCAGAUAGUAUGUGGUACGCACCACCAGAUAGCUUCUCGUGUGCACUAGAAAGUAUAUGGUGCCCACCGGAUAGUUUCUGGUGUGAGCCACCAGAUAAUUUCUAGUGUGCAAUAGAAAGUAUGUGAUGCGCACCACCAGAUAGUAUGUGGUACGCACCACCAGAUAGCUUCUCGUGUGCACUAGAAAGUAUAUGGUGCCCACCAGAUAGUUUCUAGUGUAUAAUUGAAAGUAUGUGAUGCGCACCACCAGAGAGUAUGUGGUGCGUGCCACCAGAGAGUAUGUGGUGCGCACUACAAAACUAUGUGGUGCGUGCCACCAGAUAGUUUCUGGUGUUCACUAGAAAUUAUGUGGUGCGCGCCACCAGAUAGUUUCUGGUGUUCACUAGAAAUUAUGUGGUGCACGCCACCAGAUAGUUUCUGGUGCGCGCCACCAGAUAAUUUUUUGGUGCGCAACACCAGAUAGUUUAGUUUCUAGUGUGCACUAGAAAGUAUGUGGUACGCACCACCAGAUAGUUUCUCUUGUGCACUAGAAAGUAUGUGGUGCCCACCAGAUAGUUUCUGGUGCGCGCCACCAGAUAGUUUCUAGUGUGCAAUAGAAAGUAUGUGAUGCACACCACCAGAUAGUUUCUGGUGUGCACUAGAAAGUAUGUGGUGCGCGCCACCAAAUAGUUUGUGGUGCGCGCUACCAGAUAGUUUCUGUUGAUUUUGGGUUACAGAACAGGAAUUGACCCAAAAAUGUCUCAAAAUCAACAGGAAGUGACUAAAAAUGAGCCGCAAAUGACCUGAAAUCUCCCAAAAUUAAACCCAUUGGUUGCCAAUGACACCCAUAGACGUCCCGUUCUGUAACCCGAAAUCAACAGGAAGUAACCCACUAAUGCCCCAAAAUACUAGAAUAGUGUCUCUGUCAACUCAAUGACUGCUAUUGACGGCGCUAGAUGUCCAAUCGGUUUGAAUUCGCCCACCUAGGUGAAAAGAAUCCUCGCAGUUCAAACGAAUUGGACGUCUUCAAGUGAUCAAUUCAAGGAUGAAAAAACCUUGUUUUUCCUCUUUAUUACUUGUAUAGUAAAAUAUUGUAGAAUUAUUUACUGACCCCAUCGUUUUAUUGUGAGAGCGUCGUCAUCGUAUCGUGAGGUACUAAGACGUUCUCUCCCCACCUAUGGGAGGUAAAUAUUGCCAAAGAAAAUCAAUGCCACGCGUCAAAUUGCUCAGCGCACUUGUGCAGCUAGUUUACCGGAAAAUGCGUGCGUUGCUGUCAAAUGCGACUUGACAAAACGUCCCAGGCAAGUGGGUGGAGAGAGAAGAGAAGUCAAGCGAAGUGAAGAGAAGAGAAGGCGGCGCCGGCGACACCAGCGAGCACCUCCGGCUCCGACUAGGAUUCGACAAGGAUUUUGACCUCGGUUUGGCUUUUGCAACCUUGAUCCAAAGAACCGGGAGAGUGCUUCAAAGUUCUUCGUGGAGCCAUGGCCAGUGUGUACGGAUGGCCAGUGAACACACUCAACCCAGUCCAAACAGCGAGCCCCUUCAUCGAGAUCAUUGAACAGCCGAAACAGCGCGGGAUGCGCUUUCGCUACAAAUGCGAGGGGCGCUCAGCGGGAAGCAUACCUGGGGAGAAAAGCAACGACACCACCAAAACCCACCCGGCCAUUAAGGUGCACAACUACAGUGGUCCGCUGCGCGUUCGCAUCUCCCUGGUGACAAAGAACACGCCGUACAAGCCUCAUCCGCACGAGCUAGUGGGAAAGGACUGCAAGCACGGCUACUAUGAGGCCGACCUGCAGGAGAGGCGGAUACACAGUUUUCAGAACUUGGGCAUUCAGUGUGUGAAGAAGAAAGAUGUGAUUGAGGCCAUCACCUGCAGGCUGCAGACCAACAACAACCCCUUUAACAUUCCCGAGGCCAAGGUGUGGGAAGAGGAAUUUGACCUGAAUUCAGUGCGACUCUGCUUCCAGGCUUCCAUCAAGCUGCCUACGGGGGAACUUUUCCCCCUGGAGCCCAUGGUCUCUCAGCCCAUCUUCGAUAAUAGGGCUCCAAACACAGCAGAGCUAAAGAUCUGCAGAGUGAACCGCAACUCGGGCAGCUGCAAAGGUGGUGAUGAAAUCUUUCUACUGUGCGACAAAGUGCAAAAAGAGGACAUUGAAGUACGCUUCUUCCAUGACAACUGGGAGGGCAAGGGGACAUUCUCUCAAGCUGACGUUCACAGGCAGGUGGCCAUCGUGUUCCACACGCCGCCCUACCGCGACCCCAACCUUAGCGAACCCGUCCGCGUCAAGGUGCAGUUGCGCAGGCCCUCGGACCGCGAGGUUAGCGAGCCCAUGGACUUCCAGUACUUGCCCGCUGACCGAGACGAAUACAGGCUGAGCGAGAAGAGGAAACGCACCGGCAGCAUGUUCGAGAGUCUCAAGCUGGGAUCGGUGUUGACCACAGUGUCGAUGCCGACGGCGGAUCGACGACACAUCAGCACCGCUCGGCGGACGGUCCCGACCAAACCUUCGACAAUCAUGGCCCCGACUUUUCCUCCUAGCGCCAGCGGGGCGAAACCGCAACCCACCUUCGCUUACGUGCAACCGAGUCAGAUGUUCUCGGCGCAGACCAAGGCGGAGGUCUCCCCGUUACCGUCGGCCGCGAGCCAAUCGUGGAAGAUCAUGGAGAGCUUGAAUUUGGGUCCGCAGCCCAAAGCUGUUCAGGUUCCCAGUUUGCCUAUGAACCAGCCUUCCGUCCCUAACCAGGAGUACUCCACCGUUAGCCUGUCAGACAUUCAGGAGUUCUUUCCCAGCAGCGCCGCCGAGCCUUCAGCCUCGCAGGGGAGCGUGGGCUCUUCGCAGUCAACGGGCUUCUUCCAUUUAAUGGGCUCUCACUUCCCAGUGCCGGGCGGUCCUGCCGAGGACGACGUCCCGCAGUUCCCCAUCUUUUCGGAAGCCCAGACCCAAGGGACCCUGGACAGCCUCAACAUGGACGAUUUAGAGGACCUCCUGAACCCGCCACAUGAAAACGUGGACGGCCAGCGAGCAUCGGCCGCGGGCCAGCAUAACGCGGCGUCUCAGAACACUUCAGACCAAGCCGGCGUCCCGGCGAGCACCUGGAUGAAUUAUCCCAACAGCAUUGUCAACCUGCUCCAGAACGAGAGCAUGAUGGACGUCUUGACCAACAGCAACCAACAGAGGCCCGCCGUUCUGGACGAGUUCGACGAAUUUGACGAAGAUCGGCUCUUUUCGUUUUUAACAGCGGAAGCCAAGCUGGUUUUGUUUCAGGACACCCGACUUAAAACACAUUAAGAACCCUUUAAGAAAAUAUAUUCCAUUUCAUCAAUAUCAAUUUGAAGACCCAGCUAGUAGCUUUUUCUGCUAGCGUACUAGCAACAAAUUGACUCAAACUUUCAUUACGCAAAGGUCAAUCGUUUUAUGUAUCAGUUAAUGUUCUUCUCCGACUAGUACGCCAAAGUUGUUGGGAAAAACUAGCGCGCUGAUUUACUAGCCAACAGACCUUAACUUGGCUAACAAUAAAUGUUCACCUGGCGUUCCACAGGGCGAGUUUUUAAACAUGUUCAGUCAUUUUUAUUUGAAGUAAGAAAUGCAAACACAUUUAAAGGUACAGUGUAUCACAAAAGUGAGUACACCCCUCGCAUUUCUGCAGGUAUUUGAGCAUAUCUUUUCAUGGGACAACACUGACAAGUAGUCUGUGUGCAGCUUAUAUAAUAUAGGUCAUUUAUUUUCCUCUCAAAAUAUAGCCAUUAUUAUCUAAACUAGGGCUGCAGCUAUCGAAUAUUUUAUUAAUCGAGUAUUCGACUGAAAAUUCUAUCGAUUAAUCGAGUAAUCGGAUAAAACAUUUUUUCAGGUAGAGAGCAAUCAUAAAUAUACUCGGGGUGUCCAACGAUUAAAACAUUUUUAAUCGAGUUGAUCACAGCUUAAAAAUUAAUUAAUCGCAAUUCAAAUCAUCUAUAAAAUAUGCCAUAUUUUUCUGUAAAUUAUCGUUUGAAUGGAAAGAUAUGACACAAAACAGACAUAAACAUUCAACAUACUGUACAUAAGUACUGUAUUUGUUUAUAAUAACAAUAAAUCAACAAGAUGGCAUUAACAUUAUUAACAUUCUCUUAAAGCGUUCCAUGGAUAGAAAGACUUGUAGUUCUUAAAAGAUAAAUGUUAAUACAAGUUAUAUACAUUUUAUAUUAAAACCCCUCUUAAUGUUUUCGUUUUGAUAAAAUUUGUAAAAUUUUAAAAAUAAACUAGUAGCUCGCCAUUGUUGAUGUCAAUAAUUACACAAUGCUCAUGGUGCUGAAACCCAUAAAAUCAGUCGCAUCUAUGCGCCAGCAGAGGGCGACGAAACACCAAAAAACACAAGGAAUAAGCGGACAUGACACUUUGCUGUCAUUAUAAUCUGUUUGAGCGGGGCAUCGGCGUUAAAUGCGUCAAAUAUUUUAACGUGAUUAGUUAAGAAAAAUUAAUUACCGGCCGUUAACGCGAUAAUUUUGACAGCCCUAAAAUAUACAUGAGAAAACAAGACAUCUCAUCUAAUAUUGAACCAUUUUCAGUCAAUCGACUUUAUUUUUGAUGUAAAAUGUUGAAACUAGGGCUGCAGCUAUCGAUUAUUUUAGUAGUCGAUUUAUCGAUGAACUAUUUAGUUCAAAUAAUCGAGUAAUCGGAUAAGGAACAUGACAACUUAAAAUACUGAGCUGAGCCUUAAACGGUUUAAAAAAUAUAUAUAGAUAAGGAUCUAUGUACAACAAAAGAACAAUGGCUUACAUAGCAAAAGUCCGCUAGCUUAAAUGCUAUAAAACAUUCACGCUUUUUUGUUUUUUUUUACAAUGCUCAUAACAAAUGGUUGACACAUAUUCCCCCCCCAAAAAAGGCUAAAUAUACCAAUAAUCUAAAUUACGAAUGCAUUAGAAAAAAAACAUUAGCUCAAAAAAAAAAAUUGGCUUAUGUUGGUCUUAACAUGGAGCAGCUGGAUUCAGCCAUGUGAAAUAAAGCAGACUAGAGGGCAGUGUAUCCACCCAAAUCAAUAAAACUAAAUGCAGACACUUUCAAAACCAACCAUUGCAACUCUACUUUAAUUAAACGAAUACUCGAAGCAGCAAAAUGUAAAUCGAAUCUUUUUUUUUCUAAUCGAAUACUUGAGUUAAUUGAUUAAUCGUUGCAGCACUAAUCUAAACCCCUGGCAACAAAAGUGAGGUCACCCCUUAGAAACUACAUCCCUAUAUGUCCAAAUUGAGUACUGCCUUAGUGAAAGUUGUCAAUAUUAACAUACAACAUGUCAACUGUCAAUAUUUUGUGUGGCCACCACUAUUACCCAGAGCUGCCUUUACUCUCCUGGGCAUGGAGUUGACCAGAGCUUCACAAGUUGCCACUGGAAUGCUCUUCCACUCCUCCAUGACAACGUUGCCGGAUAUUUGAGAUUUUGCGCACCACCACCUUCCGCUUGAGGAUCCCCCAAAGAUGUUCUAUUGGUUUGAGAUUUGGAGACAUGCUUGGCCAGUCCAUCACCUUUACCCUCAGCCUCUUCAGUAAAGCAGUGGUCAUCUUGGAGGUGUGUUUGGGGUUAUUGUCAUGCUGGAACACUGCCCUGCGACCCAGUUUCUGGAGGAAGGGGAUCAUGCUCUGCUGCAGUAUUUCACAGUACAUGUUGGAGUUCAUGUUUCCCUCACUCUCCAACAACUGCAGCACUCAUGCAGCCCCAGACCAUGACAUUCCCACCACCAUACUUGACUGUAGGCAUGACGCACUUAUCUUUGUACUCCUCACCUGGUCGCCGCCACACAUGCUUGAGACCAUCGGAACAAACAAAUUAACUAAUUUGCUCCCAAAACCGUAUGAAUACGUUCUAUUUAUAAUUGUUUCAGUGUCCCAAAAACGUAUUUACACGUCUUUUACGUUUUUUUUUUCACAUGAGACAUCUCUAGGUUCUGAUGCAACUUCGCUAAAAUGCACAAUGCUCAAAACCCAUUUUAAAGCAAUAAAACUGGCCACUGGAGGGCAGUAGCGCAUUUGGUAAGAACUCAUAUAGGACCAUGAAAGGAAGUGAAGUGAAAAAAAUAGUCAGGAAACGGAAGUUGGAAAGUCCUUGUGAAGAUUAAGAAGCGUGAGAGAAAUGUGGAGAAUGAUGGAAAACAAAAGGCAAACGACACUGGAGGAGUUUUGGAAAGAAAUCGACACAAUCUUCAAAGAAAGAUUUUAAAAAAUCGAUCUUGAUGAAACAGACGGUGUUUUAGUUUACCCCGUCUGCCGAGACAGCCGCAACCACAACAGCGUCAUCUUUCAGUUCAAUAGUUUAGUUAUGUGUAAAUAAAUUGUUACUUAGCUAUCAAAAGCUGUAUUUGUCUUGUUGUUUAUGUUAUUUUGUAGAAGGAAAACAUUAUUCAGAUGUUUGGGAUGUCACAAAAGCAAAAAAAACAGCUGUGUUAAAGUCAAUGUGGUGCCAUGUUGGAACUUUCAGUGACCAGUAUGAGAGUGUGAGACCUGCACUACAAAUUUGAUCACACCUGCUCCCUAUGCACACCUGGACCUAGUAACACUAACAGGUUAAAUGACAAUUUGGAGGGAAAAUGACAAGCAGUACUCAAUUUGGACAUUUAGGGAUGUAGUUUCUAAGGGGUGUAUUCACUUUUGUUGCCAGGGGUUUAGAUAUUAAUGGCUAUAUUUUGAGCAGAAAUUAAUUAACUCUUAUAUAAGCUGCACACAGACUACUUUUCAUUGUGUCAAAGUGUCAUUUUGUCAGUGUUGUCCCAUGAAGAUAUACUUAAAUAUCUUCAGAAAUGCGAGGGGUGUACUCACUUUUCUGAUACACUGUAAGUGGUUACAGCUAAAUAGAGAUACAGCACAACUUGAAUUUGCGCCAUGCUUUUAAAUCAGUUGACGUCCUUUCGAAUGAACUGAAAUUCUGUUAAAAGACAUUGUAUAAUAUGUCGACUUGUAAAUAAUACAUUUAUAUCCUUGUACAGCAAUGAACUGUGAAAGGUUUCAUGCUUUGUAUGGUGUUAACUCUACAUUUGUAUCAAUUCUUGCAGGGUUUCCCCAACCUUUGAGCCAAGGCUAAUAUUUUACCGAGUCCCGAUCCGGAGAAAAAGUUUGAUCAUAGAGUUACCAAGCUACUCUGGCAAGAUCAAAGCUACAAACCUGUCAAUCAUCAGUAACUUUAAGUACCAAACGCAAGCUGGACAGUUUGACCGCACUGCUUAGCAGGAGGUAGGGUGAGAGGUUAUGACGCAAAUAUAUAUUUUUUAAAUUGUUGAUUGAUCUAUUUCGCCCGAUUUCCAAUCACGUGAUCGGAUCGGGACAUCCCUCUCAGAAAUGAUCCUGACAUUUUAUCAUUGCAAAUUUGGAGCUUUGGAAGUAUCUGAAGCUGGGCUGACUUCCAUGUCAGUCACAAGCAGAGUAGCCAAAUAUUUGCCUCAAGAGCUAGUAAAUGUAGCCAUCCCAAAAAUUUACUCUGGUAAAGAAAGUGAAACGAACAGACAGUUGGACUCGUGUCACAAAUUUAACGACUCACAACUUGACUCGGACUUGAAGAAAAAGAACGCAGACCCUGACUUGACUCGCUUGAGUUAGGAGGGUCCGAGACUCGGCUCGACUUGAGGCAAUAAUUCAAUGACUCGCCAAACUUACUCGAAAAACUGCUUGGUCGUCUUGGCUGCUCUCGCCACACUCUCACGGAGCAAUUAAUGACUUGACAACAUUUUGACUUGACUCGUCUUUACAACCUCAUGACUCGACCUCAAGACUUGAAUUGACAUCUCAAGACUCGACGUGGCCUCAAGACGCGACUCGGCCUCAAGACUCAACGUUCUGACACGACAACCUUUUUACUUGACAUGACUCGUCUUUACAAUCUCGUGACUCAACAUUACCUCAAGACCUGUCCUCAAGACUUGACUCAACUUUUUUUGACACAACCUUCUGACUUGUCUUUACAACCUCGUGACUCGACUUCAAGACUCAACUCCACAUGUCAAGACUUGUCGUGACCUCAAGACUCGUCUCCACCUUAAGACUCCACUCAACUAUGUAACACAACUUUUUUUUACAUGACAAGACUCUUUACAACCUCGUGACUCAAAUCGACAUUACCUCAAGACUUGACUCGACCUCAAUACUCGUUUCGGCCUCAAGACUCGACUUCAAGACUCGACACAACUCGUCUUUACAACCUUGUGACUCGACUCAACAUGACGUCAGGACUUGACUUAGAGUCUCGACUAGGCCUCAAGACUACUCACCUUUUUGACAUUACCUCUAGACUCGACUCGACGUGGCCUCAAGACUCGACUAGGCCUCAAGACUCAACUUUCUGACACAACCUUUUUACUUGACAUGACUCGACUUUACAACCUCGUGACUCAACAUUACCUCAAGACUCGGCCUCAAGACUUGACUCAACUUUUUUGACACGACCUUCUGACUUGACAUGACUUGUCUUUACAAUCUCGUGACUCGACUUCAAGACUCAACUCCACAUGUCAAGACUCGUCGUGACCUCAAGACUCGUCUCCACCUUAAGACUCCACUCAACUAUGUAACAACUUUUUUACAUGACAUGACUCGUCUUUACAACCUCGUGACUCAAAUCGACAUUACCUCUCGACUCGACCUCAAUACUCGAUUGGGCCUCAAGACUCGACACGACUCGUCUUUACAACCUUGUGACUCGACUCAACAUGACGUCAGGACUUGACUCGACUUAGUGUCUCGACUAGGCCUCAAGACUAAACUUUUUGACAUUACCUCUAGACUCGACUCGACAUGGCCUCUAGACAACUCGGCCUCAAGACUCAACUUUCUGACACGACAACCUUUUUACUUGACACGACUCAUCUUUACAACCUUGUGACUCAACAUUACCUCAAGACUCGACUCGGCCUCAAGACUUGACUCAACUUUUUGACACGACCCUCUGACUUCACAUGACUUGUCUUUACAACCUCGUGACUCAACUCCACAUGUCAAGACUCGUCGUGACCUCAAGACUCGUCUCCACCUCGACUCCACUCAACUUUGUAACACAACUUUUUCACAUGACAUGACUCGUCUUUACAACCCCGUGACUAAAAUCGACAUUACCUCAAGACUCGACUCGACUGCAAUACUCGAUUCGGCCUCAAGACUCGACCUCAAGACCCGACAGGACUCGUCUUUACAACCUUGUGACUCGACUCAGCAUGACGUCAGGACUUGACUCAACCUAGAGUCUCGACUUGACCUCAAGACUACUCAACUUUCUGACACGACCUUUUUACUUGACACGACUCGUCUUUACAACAUCCUGACUCGACUUGACCUCAAGACUCGAAUCGACAUUACCUCGACUCGGCCUCAGGACUCGAAUCGACAUUACCUCGACUCCGCCUCAGGACUCAACUUUCUGACACCUUUUGACUUGACAUGACUCGUCUUAACAAUCUCGUGACUCGACUCAACAGGACCUCAAGACUCGACUCAACCUCAAGACUACUCAACUUUGACAUGACCUUUUUAGUUGACACGACGUCAAGACUCGACCUGAAGACUACUCAAUUUUCUGACACAACCUUUUACUUGACAUGACUUGUCUUUACAACCUCGUGACUCGACUUGACCUCAAGACUUGACUCGACUUUGACACGACUUUUUUACUUGACACGACUCUUUACAACCUCAUGACUUCAAGACUCGACGUGACCUCAAGACUUGACUCAACUUUCUGAUACUACAACCUUUUGACUUGACUCGUCUUGACAACCCUGUUACUCAGCUCGACUUGCCCACAACAGGUAAGACUCGGGACUUGUGACUCUGAUCAUAGUGACUCAUGGAAUUGUCUGGAAAAAAAACUCAAUAAUUAUCUACUUACAGUAUUCGUUUUUUUG